CGCUCUGGCAGGUAGGCGGCGGAGAGCGAGCGAUGAAUCUGCCAAUGCGGACGCGGUAGGAGGCGGUUCCCGCGGCUGGGCUUCAAUUGCCGGUAAAAUACAAACCGCCGCCAGGAGCCUCCGGAAGAGAAUAUCCCGUAUUAAAACUUGUCACAAAAUCGAAAAGAAGAAUAGUGUGUGAAAUAAUGGCAACAGGAGAUUUAAAAGGAAGUUUACGCAAGCUAGAACAAGGACUUCGCUUGUUAAGCUAUCCUAGAGAUGUGGAUUACGCAGGCAGUUUGGCAAAGGGUGAUCCCGCAGCAUUUUUACCCAUCAUCAGUUAUUCCUUCACGUCCUUCUCAACUUACAUAGCAGAACUUUUGGUGGAAUCUGAUGUAGAGCUUACUGCUAAAAGUGAUUUGCGUUUUACUGAAGCUAUCUAUAAGGUACUUCGAGAUCAGUUUCAGUACAAACCAGUUUUAACAAAACAGCAGUUUCUCCAGUGUGGCUUUGCAGAAAGGAAAAUGCAGAUUGUUUGUGACAUUAUCAGUGCUGUGAUGAAAAUGCAUAAGGAAUUAAGUAAUAUGAAUAAGGCUAAACCUCAAACAAGAAAAAAACCCAGGUCUUUUAAAUCUGAGUCACAGGCAAAUGGUGAAAAACUUCUUGUUGAUCCUGUUUGCAAGACAAUGAUUUCUCAGCAGAAACCUCAAGUGGAACGUUACCCAGACAGUGACGUUAAUGUGAUUGUCCUUCAUGAUUCAGCCAUUCCAGUAGAUGGAGAUAGCGGAGAAGAGUCUUGUAUAGCUGAUGAUAUUUUGGAAGUUGGAAGUGAACAAGUCACCAAAGAUAAUAGUCUGAUUGAGCUACUGCAGAGCCAGCUUGCUGAUUGUCAAGAAAAACUUCAUAAGCUAAAUUGGAUGGAAGAUAAACUACAUGUUUUAGAAGAGAGACUGAAAGGGAAGGUGAUUAUAGAUGAAAAGGACUGGAAUAAUCUCCUGAGCAGGGUCUUACUCCUUGAAACAGAACUGUUAUUGCAGUCAAAAAAGAGUGACCUAUCUACAGAAUUUAACAAUAUGAGUGAAGAACAUAUCUCUAGUAGGAAUAUGACUCCAAUUUCUCCUGAUAUUGAGAGGAAGGAGGAGAUGCCAGAGAGUCUUCACCAGUCGUCUGGAUACAGUUCGCUAUUAUCCACAGACCCAUCUCCUAAAGCCGCAACCAUUAAUUAUCAUGGUUUGACAGAGAUUUCAAAGGAGACAACAAGACAAAGAAUGGAGAGGAUAAGUAAAAUGAUUGAAGAAACUUCAGAAUUUUUGAAAAAUUCAAGUCAUACAUCAUAGACAAUUUUCUGUCGACUUCUGGAUCAUAAAUCUAUUAUGUAAAUUUGUACAAUUUAAUUAUCAGUUUUAAGGAGCAUAAUUGUUUUUAUUUGUAUUUGAAAAAUAAAUGUUUUCUAAUAGUUUUGUGUCAUAAUUACAUUGACUUUAUUUGCUAUAGAAAAUUUUAAUUUUUCUGGAGUUGUAGUCAUCAUAGCAGUGUAUUUUUGUGUUGACAUUUGUUGGCAGCGUGCUAAGUAAUAUGUUUUUUAAAGUGCAGGCUUGAGGACCAUGGUUUACAUCCUGUUGGAAACACUCCAGCCUGGACUUGCAUAUUGCACCCAAGAGACUUUCAUACAUACCAUCUUGCCAUCUGUACUGUUCAAUAAGACUUAAUGAAAACUUAAAUGCACAUAUUGUAAAUGUGUACUUUUUUUGUUUUGUUUUUUUAAUUAUAAAUUUUCAUGCUUGGUCAGAAAGCACCCCAACACAUUAUGGCUUCCAUUAACACUGACAAAGUGAAGGUCAUUUGGAUCCUAAACACUAAAAUGUGUAAGUAAGUCCACAGACUUUGACUAUGAGAGAUGUGUUGAGUGUUUUAGUGCUCUAUUACCCAACACAUUUUAAGAACAGCAGCACAGAUGGAGACCAUCCAGUGUACAAAGACAUACAACAUUUUUAUGAUUUGAAACUAUAUAAAAUUUCUCUUUUGAGACAUAAGUAGAUGUAAGACUUCCAUAAACAUGAUAUAAUCAAAUCAAAGGUGUGAGUGUAGGCUGGGUAGUAAGAUGGAAUUUCAUCCUUUUUUUAAAUUUUUAAAUUUAUAGUGUUAUAUAAAGAAGCUUUUAACAACAUGCUGUAGCUAUCCAUAUUCCUUUGAUUCACAUGAAAAGAUCAAAAAAUGAGAUUGCAACAGUUGAAGAUAUGAAAAGAUUUUAAAGGUAUAAUUUUCAAAUGAAGCAGCUGUUGCUCUCCCUUUGUAUAAAAAAGAUUUAUUUGAAUUAACAAUAAUUAUGAGCAUGUUCCUCCGUAAAUUGACUUCAUUUUACAUAUCCCAUCUGAGUAAUAUGUAACAAUCUGUUAUGCUACAUAAACUCAGUGAAAACCUUAAGGACAGGAAUACACUGCCAUUUUCCCCCAAUGUAUGUAAGUUGCCGAUUCUCUAGAAAACAAGCUUUACAUUGGUAACAACAACUUUGCAGUUUUUUGGAAAACAUGCCUUAUUCACAAUCCACGCUUUCACUAUCCUAAAGAAUAAUUGUUUAAAUUGUCUUCUCUCUAGAAUAAAAAUUUCCUACUGAUCUGAGAUGUGUGUUGCAUGAGUGUAUAAGAGCUAUGGCACCACCUUGUGGUGCAUAUUUAUAUGAAGUAUUUUUUCAAUUUAGAAUAAAAUAAGGGCACCCACAAUCAUUGUUGCUUUGAAUUGGUAAUGAAUGACUAAUGACAAUGUUUUGAGUGUCAGCUUUUUGUUGUUUUCUAUAUUAUAUUGAAACAAGCUUCUACCUGGUAAUUUAGGGUGGAAAUUGCUGCGGUACCCCAAAAUAAUGUUGUGUACUUGUACUGUAGUCUGGAGAAGGAGCAAUGUGAAAGAUUAGUGAAACCAACAUUUUGUGUUUAGGAUGGAAAACUAUAAGAAGUUGAUGCCUGUUUGAUGUAGCUUAUUAAUAUAAAAAGGAACUUUGUGUGUGUCUGAUAAAAUAAAAUAUCUCUCAGUAUACUACUGCAUAUUCUUAGUUUUUGCCUGAUGCCAUUGUCCCAGGGAUGAUUUUUUUUCUUGCAACACACCUGAAUUUUAUGAAGUGCUUUGUGAUUUUUGGAUUGCAGAUGCUGAGAAGUACAUCCUAUUAUUCCUUGUUUGGAAACCUUAGGAUUCUUUUUUUCUGAGUGAGAAGAAACUAUACUUGGUAGACAAUGUUGGUCUUUUAAUAAUCUUUACAUAUAUAUAUAUAGAUAUUUUUUUUUGGUUGAAGUUCUAUAGAUCAGAGAUGGGAAAAUACCAGUCCAUGAACCAGAUCCUGUCUGCUGCCAGAGUUAACUCCUGGUGAAAAUUCGCAGCCAAUGGUAGUUGAGUUCAUCCGUACCUUUAGAGGUACAGGUUAAUAUAGUGGCAGCAGCCCACCAGGGGCUAACAUUAGGUGAACUGCACAUGUUUUAUUGCCUAUCCCUGUUACAGAUGAAGUACUGGCAUUUUUACUAUUAGGCCAGGUCUACACUAGACCCGGAGGGUAAGGUUAAGGUAUGCAACUCCAGCCAGAAGACUGAUUUCCAAUGCAGCAAGUAGAGAUGUGGUCUUAGAUUGUGGUGGGAGAGGUGGGAAAUAUACCAGUGGCGUGCUCUCAAAAGUGCAGCUCCGCUAUUAGCAGCAACAACAGAAACACUAACCUAGAUGAGCUGCUUUUAUUAUUGUAGUGAGUAAAACUAAAAAUGCUAGUCUCUCAUGUAGACCUCCAUGAUUGCUAAUGAAAAAGUUGGUGAUUUCCCUGACCUUCUCCAAAGUCAUUAGACAUUAGAAAGUAUUUUUCUUAACAGCUUUUUUUGUGACUAGGCAAUCUGAAGGAAACUAAACACUUUCCUAGGUUUCAGAAUGGCUGUUUUACAUGACUACUGUUUUUAUCUGUUUAUUGUACUGUGCUUCAUACUUUAUCUUUUUUAUAUAUAAUUUAAAGAAAUUAAAGUCUGUCUCCUCAUAGAUGAAACCAAGGAAUCCCACCUUUUAAUAGUUAAGACACUCCUAAUCAUGCAAAUGAUAAUGAAGUAUAGUUGUAUUAAAUUGAACACCGAAGCAGGAACUGUUCCUAGAAUUGCAGUUGAUCUUGGACUGAGUUUUAAAUCUUCUAGUAAAUGUGAACUGAAGCAUGCCUGCAUGCUUGUUUGAAGAGUCAAAGUAAUAAAAAACAAAACCAUAGCAGUCAUCCAAUAUUAUUUUAAAAAAAUAUUUAGAACAUGCUCAGCUUGUGUAAUAACUAUACAAAUUUGAGUUAUUCAAAUAUAAUCUGUGUUGUGGCUCUUU